GCACCAGCCUCCUGGGAAGGACACUGGAGGGGUGUGUUUGCAAUUUAAGUCCUUGGCUUUCUGCCCGCCUCUUCUCCAAAUAAGAAGGCAGGAGCUGCUACGAGGUGCAGGGGGGUCUUCUGAAUUGCAGAGGCCGUGGGACUCACAACUCCUCGCUCGGGUCUCUCUCAUCUGUUUUCAGAGCUAACGGGAAAGGGCCAGGAUGGUGGAGGCUUUCUGUGCUACCUGGAAGCUGACGGACAGCCAGAACUUUGAUGAGUACAUGAAGGCUCUAGGUGUGGGCUUUGCCACUCGGCAGGUGGGAAAUGUGACAAAACCCACAGUAAUCAUCAGUCAGGAGGGGGGCAAGGUGGUGAUCCGGACUCAAAGCACAUUCAAGAACACGGAGAUUAGUUUCCACCUGGGAGAAGAGUUUGAUGAAACCACUGCAGACGACAGAAACUGUAAGUCUGUUGUUAGCCUGGAUGGAGACAAACUCGUUCACGUACAGAAAUGGGAUGGCAAAGAAACAAAUUUUGUAAGAGAAAUCAAGGAUGGCAAAAUGGUUAUGACUCUUACUUUUGGUGAUGUGGUUGCUGUUCGCCACUAUGAGAAGGCAUAGACAGGUUCCUGAUCUGGGCCUGGAGGAGCUCCACAAUUUUUCUGUGAUCAAGUCUCAGUGCUAUCCUGCUAUUACAGCACGGCUCAUCACAUAUUAGAAGGUUAUCCUUGGUGUGGAGGUAGAAAAUGGUGGUUUCAAAACUUCUUUAAAAACGUGUUACUUCAAGCAACUAGCCCAAUUUUAAUCUGCAAAUCUAUCACGCUUAAUAGUUUGCAUUAAGAUUUUAAGCCACAUUUUAAAAAUAAAGAGGUGGAUACAUUCUGUAAUUUCUAUUGGAAUGUAAAUCAAAUUGGAAUAAAAAUCUAAUACGCAAGAGA